AUGCGAUUGCUAAUAUUAUUUCUAUUAUUCGGAGGUAUCGCUGCUAUUCAAGAUGAUAAUGAGCUGUUAGGUCAACCUGAAAUUCAAUGUAAUACUGAUACUAUUGAUAUGCAAUUUAGAACUCGAAAACAAUUCAACGGUAAGUUUCAGAUUCUUGGUAGAGAUCAAGUAAGAAAUAUUUUUUUAGGAAAAGUAUACGUAAAAGGAAGUUAUAAUCGUCCAGAAUGCCGUGUUGAUUAUAGUUCCAAAGAUGAAUUUGGUCGACCGGUUGGUGGAAUCAAAUUGAACCACGGUGCCUGUAAUAUGGACCGACAGAGAAUGGUAAGGUUUUUAUUUGAUUAGGACGCUUUAAGGGCAUGGGUGAGAAGAAAUAUUUCAUUUGAAAAUAUAGGUAGAAAAAUCUUUGAAACAAUAAGGACCCCAGGGACCUUUUGAAGUGUCUAGAUCUUCUGGUCUCAUUUCACUUCAACUAUUUUUUAGCUUUUUAAGAAAUUGUUUUCCAGAUUGCUCCAGAAGGAAUGAUGUUCUCAACAAUCCUGAUAGUCAGUUUUCAUCCGGUGAGUUUCUUUAGCAUGAUUAUUUUCAGUAUCAAAAAAAUUCGAAAUGUUAUUUUCACAACGCUAUUUUUCCAGCUAUUCCUCACUCGAAUGGACAAAGCGUUUCAUAUAAAAUGUAUGUACAAAGAAGCAACACGCACAGUUACCGCAGCUAUCGAUGUGAGGUAAGCCGAUGAAACUAGUCACAAACCACUUUCCCUCGAUUUCGAUUUCAGUUUUAUUUUUUGAAAAAAAAUUGAAAUUAAAAAAAAACAUUUGUGAUGUUUUUGUUUCUAUUUAUUUUCUCAUAUUUUUGGUGGGUAACAUUGUUUUUUUUAAAUUCAAUUUACAUUUCUAGAUAAAACAUUACAUUUUUCCAGUAACUUGCCAACUGAAUCAGUGCAAUCUGAUUUGCCAAUGCCAUCAUGUAGCUAUACAAUUCGGAGAGAUCAAUUAGACGGGCCUAUUCUAAAAUAUGCAAAAGUUGGAGAUCAAGUUGUUCAUAGAUGGCAAUGUGAUUCGGAAGAAUAUGGUUUACUAGUUCAUAGUUGCUAUGUUGAAGAUGGACAAGGUGAUAAACAAAUGAUUAUUGAUGAGAGAGGGUGAGCCAUCAGAUCUUUGGCAAAUUCUACAAAUUAAAAAAUAUUCAGAUGUCACACGGAUCAUCUUCUGAUUGGAGAUCCAACAUACGUUGAAGCUUUGAAUAUGGCUUAUCGAGAAUCAUUUGUUUUUAAGUUUGCUGAUCGGAUUGCUGUUAGAUUCCAAUGUGAAAUUCGUCUUUGUUUAAAGGAAGAUGGUGGUUGUGAUGGUGUGACUCCACCAAUGUGUCUUUUCCAGGAUGAGAAUAGUAUUCAGAAACAAAUUGUGAGUUAGAGAGAGAGAUUUUUAAUAUAUAUUUUUACUAAAAAUUUCAGAUCUUAUAAAAUUUUAUCAGAACUAAAUUAUAUUUUUUUUACUAAAAAGUCCAUCAAUUGAAAAAUGUCUAGAUUCAAAUCAUAUCCCCAACCCAAUAUUUUUCAGGUGAAACGUAACGCAAAAACAUUCUCGCCAAAAGAAGCUGAUAUGUUUUCCCAAACCGUUUAUGUAAUCGAUAAAGAUAGUGAAGAUGAGCCAAAUAAAGAAGAACUUCGAGAAUUGGCGCCAAAUUCAAUUUGCCUUGCCCCAGAAGUUUUCACAUCAAUUGUUACAUUUGCAACACUAACAAUUGUCUUUUUGACCACUGUUCUCAUGAUCAUUUGCUAUCAACAAUUUUGUAAAACAGAAAUCAAAAAUCUAUCAGGAGAUUAUCAGUAUUGA